CCACUCCCCCUCUCUCGUUCCUCCUUUGGUGCGCCUGGAAGGGAUAGCUCAGUUAUCAGGUAGUAGCAACGCACACAAUCUAGCUGAGGACGUGAAGACAACUGUGUAACAGGGGGAGGGUCGUAGAGAUACAUUUAAUCUUAGGUAACUACAAUUAAUGGUCGGAAUGAGACAUUUUGCGUUCCUUCUGAUCCCACUCCUUGCGCUGGUGUCUUCGGUGCGGGCGGAUGCGAAAAGUGGGAAAGAGACUGAAAAUGCGGGGAAUUUUAUGGAAGAUGAGCAAUGGCUGUCAACCAUUUCACAAUACAGCCGCAAGAUUAAACACUGGAAUCGCUUCAGAGACGAAGUAGAGGAUGACUACAUCCGGACAGUAGAGGACACCCAAGGCUCUGAGGAAAGUUUGGACACCACCAAGGACCCCUGUCAGAAAGUGAAGUGCAGUCGCAACAAGGUGUGCGUUGCCCAGGGUUACCAACGUGCCAUGUGCAUCAGCCGCAAGAAACUGGAGCACCGGAUCAGGCAGCCAGUGCUUAUUCACCCACAUGAGAAGAGCUGCAAAACGUGCCCAGUAGUCAGCGUUGUGCCUGUGUGUGGGUCGGAUGGACACAACUAUGCCUCAAAGUGUAAGCUGGAGCAGCAGGGUUGUCUCACGGGGAAGGAGUUGAGUGUGAGGUGUGAAGGCCUGUGUCCCUGCACGACACCCGCCAGCCGCAUCACCAGCGUCGAGGCCAAACAUGAGACCUGCACGGGACAGGACCUGGCAGACCUUGGGGACCGUCUCCGAGACUGGUUCCAGCUUCUCCAUGGCAACGCCAAGCAGAACAACUCGGGCAAGCCGGGACCAGGCACGGCCUCAGACAUGAAGAUGGAGCGCAAAUUAGCGCUGACAAUGACAGCCACCUGCAAAGACUCCAUCGGCUGGAUGUUCUCCAAGCUGGACACCGACAGUGACCUGUACCUGGGCCAGCCGGAGCUGGCUGCCAUCAAUCUGGACAAGUACGAGGUCUGCAUCCGGCCCUUCUUCAACUCCUGCGACAGCGACAAGGACGGGAAGGUGUCCAUGGUGGAGUGGUGCUUCUGCUUCUGGAGAGAGAAGCCUCCCUGUCUCGCAGAGCUGGAGAGGAUGCAGGUGCAGGAGCCUGCCAAGAUGAGGCUGGGCAUGUACAUCCCCAGUUGUGACGAAGAUGGCUACUACCGCAAAGUUCAGUGUGACCAGUCCAGGGGCGAGUGCUGGUGCGUGGACCAACACGGCGGAGAACUGAUGGGCUCCCGAAUCCAUGGCAACCCGGACUGUGACGAGGUGGCCGGCUACUCCGGGGACUUCGGCAGCGGCGUGGGCUGGGACGACGAGGAGGAGAAGGAGGCUGAGGAGACCGGCGAGGAGGCCGAGGAGGAGGAAGAGGAGGAGAGGGCGGAGGCCGACGACGGAGGCUACAUCUGGUAGACGGCCCGCGCUGGACCCAGCCAAGAGCACCUGUGGUUCAGUUGUAGCAUCCCCCUCUCUCCCCCUCCACCCUACCUCCACCCCCAUACCCCUCAAUCAUGCUCAUCCCCACAUACACAGUUCUCCCCCCUGCCCUCCCCUCCCUGAAACCCCAGUGGAACCUCACACUACCAAUUUACUGGAAGGGUCUAUAGGGAACACAGAAAGAGCAGAUCUUGUCCUUUAUGUCCACGUGUUCAAAGCUUUAUUCCAUGUCUUAAUCUGUUCUGCUGGGCCACCAGAGAAGUUAGUUGCUGUGCUCUCGUUACACAAAAACUGGCGCCACAGUUGACAUCAAUGUACAAAAAUGGCUGCAGUCUAAUGGCGAGUAGCCUCGGUCUGGGGAGGUCUUAGCCACCUUGUUGUCAUAGCUCUCCGCGUAUGCUAACGAACAUGCACCACCUGCCAGUCUAGCGACUGACUUCAUGACUCGUGUAAAUACAGCACAAUAACCCCAUCAGUCCCUGGGAAGGAUGGUACGAGUUAAGAGUUGGGUCUAAUGCCAUUCAGCAAUGACUAAACGUGACAUUGGCAAUGCAAUAAAAACAACCUCCCGUAUGGCAUCACAGUGGUACUUCUAAGUGUGAACACAAACCGGAAUCGGAUUGGCCUCACUCGAACAGCUUUGAUGCGUUUUUUUUUUUCCCUUUUAACUUUGGGAGGAGGGAGAGUUGGGGGAGGGCUAGAGAGAAAAAAAGAAGAAAAAUUAAACUGGCAAGCCCAAAUCCCAUAGCAAUGAUGCAUGAAGCUAACUGCUACCAAAAUAACUCUUGCUUUGGGGUGCGAUUCAGCACUGCAGAUAGAUGGAGAUUGGCUAAGUGUGCUGAGAGCACAUGCUCUGAUAGAUGUCUUAGACUCGUCCCCUGAUGUGGCUGCUCAGAUGUUCAAAGAGACAUCAUUCUGUAAUCUUACAAAUUACAGCUCUUUCUUUCAUACACUCAUGAGCGCACAUAGCACUGACCACUGAAGCGAAUAGAUUCAGACCUUUUAUUUUGUUUUUAUUUCUUUCCUGGUGACUAUUGACGAGAUUAAGUUUCUAAGCUACUUAUGAGUUGGUUUGCGUGUGUUCUGAAAAUAUUAAUUAGAAGUAUAUAUAUAUAUGCUGUUUCAUCCCCUUCAAGAAAAAGUGAAAUUUUAAAAAAGAAUCAUAUUCUCAUCUCCCUUUAAGGAACUGCCCAAGGAGUUCUCAUUAAUGAUGAAUGUGCCACGCUUUGUUUCAGUUUUUUCAGCGUGUUACCUGUGUAUUUUCUUUCUGUUGUCUCAUAAACUGUGUACGGUACUUGAAACCUCGCUGUUGGAAUUUUGGUUUUCUAAAAAAAAAAAAGAACAAAUAAGUUGUCGUCAUUUGUUCAUUCUCGAGAUACAUCAUUGGCGAGAUACAUAGGUAGGUGUAGAAAUUUGGUUGUUUUUAGUAAUUGCAUGUUGGUGAACAAGAAUGUAUUUCUACAGGCUGAGCACUUUAUUCCCGAUAAGACACCCAGAUAAGAGACGAUGGGGCACCUGGCCAAGACAGGGUCCCAGUCGUGUCCAGAGUCGUGUCCACAGUCGUCUGUUAUCUGGGCAGAAGCCUCAGAGUUCUUACACACACAAACACACACACACACAUGCCAUGUCCCACCCUCUGCCAAAUUCAGAUGGACAGUCAAAGCAAAGGACGUCCUGGAAGUAUGGAAAUGUGUUGAUAUGUGAUCCGUUUCUACAGAAUUUGGCAUUUUAAAAAACGCAAUGUGUGGACAAAUACAACGAGAUAUACUGUAUAUUACUGAUAGUUUUAAGUAGGAAUAAAUCGUCCCGGGGAAAUGCUAUAUAUAAAUAUGUAUGCAUAGUCAUAUGUGUCUGGUUAAUUUUGUAAUGAAACUGAGAUCACUAUCCUUCCAGAAGUAGAAAAAUUCACUAUAUCAAUGCAGAGUAUUUCUUCUGGUCAGAACCGACGUUUUAAAAAAAGACUAUAUGUAUUAGAAUCAAUUGGGUUGGCAAGCACUGCGUUUUGCAUCCAACUCAGUCAGCGAUUCUUCAGAGCAACGUUUCAGUCAUGCUUUAGUCCCCCAGAGGUGCUGUAAGGGAGAGAUAAGGAAGUGUCGAUUGUGAAAUCCUGCACACAUUUACAAAAGGAUUCAGUCAUUUCAGCCACAGAGCUCCCAGGGCUUCGGAGUGGCCGAGGAAUCGAAAAUAGAACUUCAGUGAAGCCACCAAGGCUCAGAAGGUUUUUUUUUUUUUUUUGCUCUCUUAGGGGGGACAUUUACCAA